CAUCUGGCGUACUGAAGAGAGCUCAAGUGUCUCAGAAGUUGCAUUGUGGAAAAUUUAAGCAGUAGUGUAAAGUAAAGGAAGUGUAAAGAGUAGUGUGGGAAAAAAAAUAGUGUAAGAAAAGGAUAUAGAAACCCCGAAUAGCCAAUUGAAGGUCGUGACAAAGACAAUAUUCCUGACCUUCACCUAAACUAACCUGUCCCGUAGCCUAUCCUAACACCUGCACCUCCUGUAUGCACCCCCAUCAUCUGCCUCAAUAGCCGUGAAGUACUCGUCGUGUAUACAUCUGUGUUCGUGUCAAGCAUUCUCGUGUGCGUGUCAGAGUCGUGGGGUGUGCGUGAUAAGGCCCCGAUAAGAUUACUCCUUCCUCGUAUAAAGAUAUCAGACGGUAUAAAGAGCCACGUGUCUGCGUCUGAGGUUCGUGCGAGAUAAGAGUGAGGAAAAGUGGAGUAAAAGGAGGAACGAGUGAAUAGUGAGGCUCCUGAACACUGCCCUCGGGAACGCCAGCCACGCGCCGAGGGACUGGACGCGUGGCGAUGGGAGGAGAGAGCUUCGACCUGUCCUUGACCGUUCCGGAUUCCAGCCACACCGCAUACAUGGCCGACCAGCCUGCCUACGGGAGCUUCGGCAACGAGGAGACCUACAGUGACCUGCAGGCGAUGGGCACCACGAUCCCCCAGCAGGAGGGGGACGCGGCGCCCCCUGCCCCACACACCCACGCUCACCACACGCAGGCAAUGUACUCUCACCAGAUGGCAGUGAACGCCAGCAUGGGAGUGGCCAACCCGCAGUUCCCUCCCCAGAACCUCUACAUCCCGCCCAUCUCGCAGAACAGCAUGGACCCCGCCCAGACGUCGGGGUACAUGUGUCACCCAGGCUGUGGUCCCCCGGCACCCAUCUACACCAACGCCAGCCCGGGCAUGCAUGGCGGCCUGCCCCAGGGCCCCCACAUGAUGGGCGGCGGCGUGGGCAUGAUGGGCUACUACCCCCGCCAGCCCAUGCCCAGGAACGGCGGCUCGCCCAACUCCGGAGGCUCCCCGUCCCCCGGCAGCGAAGACUCCGACGACUCCACGCCCCUGGCACAGAUGGGGCGAGGCAAGAGGCCGUCCUCGGAGAGCGUGGAGGGCCCGGCCCGAGGCAAGAAGCCCAAAGUCUCAAAGAAGAGCAAGAAGAAGAAGGAUCCCAACGAACCACAAAAACGAAUGAGCAAGAGGGACAGAGAGGCGGUGUGCCUGUCGCCCGCCAGCCCGCUCCGCCCCGCCCCGCGUCGUACCCGCCGCCGCCCUCAGGAGACACACAAGCCAGUGUCAGCCUACGCCCUGUUCUUCCGAGACACUCAGGCUGCCAUCAAGGGAUCCAACCCCAACGCAUCCUUCGGCGAGGUGUCCAAGAUCGUGGCCUCCAUGUGGGACUCCCUUGAUGCCGACCACAAGAGCGUUUACAAGAAGAAGACCGAAGCAGCCAAGAAGGAGUACCUCAAGGCCCUCGCUGCCUACCGUGCCAGUCUUGUCUCCAAGGGUGAGGGUGAGGGGGUGUUUGGGGCCCCAGGCUAUGGCCAGUUUGCCCCAGGAUUUGGAUACCCCCCAACCACCAGUACCCCUGUGCUUCAACAAGUACAGUCGCCCACACAGAUGUCACCACUGGCAAAGAAGUCUCCUCUCCUCUCCUCCCUUAUGGCUGACCCACCCCCGCCCAUGAUGAACCCACCAAUGUCCCAGCCCAUGCCUCCCUCAGGCCCACCUAUGAUGCCUCAUGGCUCAAUGCCACCCAUGUCAGCAGCAAGCAUGGCCCCCCAGGCACAGCAGGGCCCUCAGGGUCCCCACCAGCAACCCACACCACAGGCACACCUGACGCAAAUGACCAACGUACCUUCCACCUCCCCCUACAUGACUCAGCAGGCACCUGGGCCCAUGACGAGUCCUGUGGGGGCCAGUUCUCCGGGCGGUGGUCCACAACAACAACAGCAACAACAGCCUCAGCAGCAGCAGCAGCCACAGCCCCAACAAAGCCCCCAGCAGCAGCAGCAGGUUGCCACUCAACAGCAGCAACAGCCACAACAACAAGCAGGGCAACAGCAGCAGCAGCAGCAGCAGGGGGCUCAGCAUGGACAGCAGCCACAGCAGGCAUCUCAACAGCAACCACCUCAGCACCAGCAGCCUCAGCAGCAGCCCAGCGGCCAGGGGUCAGGAGGGCAACAGCAGGGCAUGGGCCAGCCAGCACACGUGGGUUGCCCAAACUCUGGACCCAACUGCAUCCGGUCCGGCUGCACCAACCCUGCCGUGCACAACCCUGAGUGGGAGGAUGAGUACUGCUCCAACGAGUGCGUCGUCUCACACUGCAGAGACGUCUUCAGCACCUGGGUGGCCGGCAACCACCACCAGCCAAUGAAUCCAACCUACCCUGCUCCUGUUAAAUAAACCCUCAGUGGACAUGACCUCUCACUGAGGGACCAGCUAGCCAGCAGUCCAAUCAGUCAGUCAGCAAGCAAGUCAGUCAACUGAAGGGGUUCAACUGAUGAAGACACGUACCUGGUACAGAAAUAAGUGCAUUAUGUGGACCUGUGCUUUGUUUCUCGGUGGUGACAAAAAGUUGGGGUGAUGUGUGUGUGCUUCCACCAGUCCUGUGGGUGGAGGCUGUGUGUGCUGUGGCUCGGUACAUCAUCAUUCCCAAGAUGUUGACAAACUGGGUGCUUGUAUGAAAGUCAGGAUUUUCUAAGCUGUUGUCAGGGCUGGAGUUUUAGAUAUCAGCAUCUUUCUAUCUGUUCAAUCUAUCCUUGCUCUUUGUAGAAUUCCAGAUGUAAUGUUCAUGCCUAUCUGAUCCUAUUAUUCUCCUGAACCCAAGAUGAGAGAGUUCCAGAACAAAGUUGAUGUGAAAGUGAGCAUUUCGUGUAUUAUCAAAUUACCGCUGAAGGAGGCCGUGCGGAAUGUGUGUUGGCGAGGUCGGUGAGUGGAGAGUUGUGCUCUGAGAAGAUUCAUAUUCCUAUUUGACUCUAUAGGGAGGAUGAGUCCUGGUGAAGAGAAAAAGAGGUGGAAAAUGAGUUGAGUUUCAGAUGAUGAGUAUAUCACAGUUGAACACAAGGAAUGAGUGGCGGGGACCAAAUCUGUUAAUAGUAUCCAAGCAGACAGUGUGCAGUACGGGAGGAGGAGGAGGCUAUUCAGGGUGAAGGGCUGCACUCAGCUAUGUUACCUCAUGCUCACAUCGGCAGUCACUGUGGUACAUGCUGUGCUCUCUUUCACAGGCUUUGGAACAAUAUUUUGAUCAUAAAUCUUAUGUAAUGCCAGAGAUUCAAGAUGUCUUUGGGAGUUUGGUUUGUAAAUAUUUGUGUUGAUUUUUCUUGAUAGGGAGAGAGAAAACUAUGAUUACAAUUAUUAUAGAUAUAGAAGCAUUUACAACAUAAUUUGUAAAUAUUUCAACAGUAUGUACAAGUGAUUGGUGAAAUUUCUCCUCAAUGUGAUUAUGAUGAGUUGAUACUUAUGUCUGGUAUGUAUGUAUGUACAUGUAUCAUAGUAGAUAUGUUCAGAGGCUUAUUAUUUGAUUAGCAAGGAAUCAUCACUAGAACUGACAUGUUGUCAAACUUGUAUCAAGUCCUUCCAAAGCAUUUAACAAGGAGGCGAGGACAAAGUUAAUCCCUCCUGUGUUAGCCAUCCCUGCAUGCCGUAUGUAUGCAUCGCAACUAUCAUGGCAGUCCCAGGUACUUCAUUAGCGCUACAAGAGGUGGUCGGCUGGGGGUGUCGCGGGACACUUUGCUCAAUCCUCAGUGUACAUAAGACUAAUUUUUGGAGGACUGACUGCCGGACCCUCUUGGGAGUUACUACCUUGUCAUUUUUUAUGUUUACAGCAUACAACCAAGAGGAGACAUGUUUUGCAUAUAUUUUCAAAAUUUAUUUUUUUUCAGUAAUAUUUUCUCUUGGGUGAAGCUUGAUGCAAAGCACUACAAAGGAGCGAAACAUUAUUUGGUGUACAGACUGCUAAAGUUCAGGGACAUGGAGUGUAGAUGUAAUGUAAUGUAUUGUUGGUAAUUUACAAACACCUGCCUUCACAUCAGGUUUUACCCAUGCUUGUAGGUCAUAGGAGAUCCUUCGGUCCUAGAAUAAAGUCAGUGUUUGCCCUUCUUAUAUAGCUAAUAUGUUGAUGAAAUACUGUGCUUCAUGAGACAGGCAGAGGCUCCACCACAGGUUGAUUUAGUUUUUUAUGUGGUCUAUUCAUGGUAUUUUGUAUGAAAUUGUUUUAUACAUAAAAUGAACAAAAUAUUUUGCAGGUGAACAAUUGUUUGAACAAUUUGGAUCCCAGAUUCCAAAAGAACAGCUGUUGAACAAGCGUGAGUGAACCAGAACAAGAAUCAGACCAACAGAAAUACUUUAUGUAUCAAAGGAUAAUGUUUUCCAAACUCAUAGGGAGUGUUUCAUAUCUUUAAACUAAUGUAUUAGUUAAUGGUUCUUUAAGCUUCACUAAAACCAUGAAACUGCAUAAUCAUUUUUUUUUUCUCAAGGUUCAUCCCUGAGGUUGUUGUGUUAAUGUGUACAAUGCCUGUGUGUGCUCUCUUUCACUUCUGUAUUCACAAUAUAAUAAACAUUAUACACACUUUUGUAACUAUUUGAUCUUAGUAUUUCUAAGGGAACUUUUGAUACACUGGGUAGCUAUGCUGCACACCAUACUCCUCUUUAGGGAUCCAUGGAGACUGAUGGAAUGUACACACCAUUGAAAACUAUAUACUGGUGUUUGUCUUAUGUGAAAACUUCUUAAAUGAUAGAUCAAGA